AUGUCUCUCGCUCGCCAAUUCUUCCACGAGAUGCGUCCACUCUUCCGCAUGCUGGAGGAGCCUUUCGGUCGUACGCCAUCUGCGUUCGGAGCGUACCCUCGGUCAAUGCUCGAUGACCCCUUCUUCCGCACCCCUGUCAUGUUGCAACCUGCGGUCGAUGUCACGGAGGAGGGCAACAAGUACGUGAUUGAGGCGGAACUCCCUGGCGUCAAGAAGGAGAAUGUCAACGUCCGGAUCGGGGACGGUGGCAGGAGCGUCACCAUCGAGGGCAAAGUCGUCAGCCGACGGGGCGAGCCUCAGUCGACGGAGACGUCGUCAGCGACCACAUCUGCAGAGAACGCUACGACACAGUCAGUUGAAGGUUCGACCUCCACUGCUGUGACACAAGCACCAGAGUCGUCGGCUCAGCUCUCAAUAGAGCGCUCAUUCACUAGCAACGCGUCCUUCACUCGCACCGUCUACCUGCCACGGGCGAUAGAUACUGGCAACGUAUCUGCGAAGCUCACAGACGGGGUGCUGACGGUUACUGUGGCGAAGGCGGAGGACCCCGCUUCGGCGCAGGUGAACGUUGAAUGA